AUGAAAGAACGAGAAAUGAUUGCACCGAAUUUUCACCUAAGGGUGAGUCUAACAAUUGUCUACUUUCUGGGCACGUGGCCACCAGUUAAGGGCAAGUUUCGAUUACCAUAUCUACUUUACACCGUCUGUAGCUUCAUUUUCAUCCUGGGCAUCUUACUCUCCGCCGAAAUAGCCAAUGUUCUCGCAAACUGGGGAGAUAUGUCAAAACUCACCGCAGUUGCGACUUUACUAAUGACGAAUUGCACCCAUGCUUCGAAGGUGAUUGUUCUUCUUCGUCGUCAGACGCGGAUCCAGACGCUCCUAGACAUAGCCGACAGUUCUGCAUUUAGUCGCUACGAUAAAAAAUAUGAGGAUUUACUCAUAAGUUACGCGUGGAAAGGUAUCUUUCAUCAUGCGAUUUAUCAAAGUUUCGGCGGAAUUGCGGUAUUUUGUUGGGGUUUUACUCCAGUCGCUGAUCUGAUCGCUGGUCGUUCACGCCAGCUGCCUAUGGAGGGAUGGUACCCUUAUAAUACGACGGCGACGCCGGCUUUCGAAAUCACCGCAACGCAUCAGGGCAUAGCUAUUAUAAUUGCUUGCUUUCAUAACGUGGCGAUGGAUACACUGAUGACGGGCUUGAUCACGGUCGCCUGUUGCCAGCUGGCAAUCCUAGAGCGCAACAUUAUCUCGAUUGAUAACAAGGAAAAAAUCUGUGGAAUGCAGAAUGAUAACGAUGAGGACAAGUCUCUUGAAAGAGGAAUUUUAGCUUAUCAACUACUCAAGCAAUACGUUAUGCACAGCAAUAUGAUAUUUCAUUACGCGUGGAAAGGUAUCUUUCAUCAUGCGAUUUAUCAAAGUUUCGGCGGAAUUGCGGUAUUUUGUUGGGGUUUUACUCCAGUCGCUGAUCUGAUCGCUGGUCGUUCACGCCAGCUGCCUAUGGAGGGAUGGUACCCUUAUAAUACGACGGCGACGCCGGCUUUCGAAAUCACCGCAACGCAUCAGGGCAUAGCUAUUAUAAUUGCUUGCUUUCAUAACGUGGCGAUGGAUACACUGAUGACGGGCUUGAUCACGGUCGCCUGUUGCCAGCUGGCAAUCCUAGAGCGCAACAUUAUCUCGAUUGAUAACAAGGAAAAAAUCUGUGGAAUGCAGAAUGAUAACGAUGAGGACAAGUCUCUUGAAAGAGGAAUUUUAGCUUAUCAACUACUCAAGCAAUACGUUAUGCACAGCAAUAUGAUAUUUCAUUUCACAAGUGAGAUUCAGGACAUCUUUGGUACCGUUAUCUUUUUUCAAUUCCUCUCAAAUUGCGUGAUCAUUUGCUUGAUUGCUUUCAACGUAUCACAGAUGAAUGUUUAUAUUCCGGCGGUGUUGAUCGGCAUGCUGACAUACAUGUGUUGCAUGACGUACCAAAUAUUUAUCUUCUGCUGGCAUGGUAAUGAAUUACAUCUACAUAGUAUACGUUUAAUAACGGCUGCGUAUUCGAGCAAUUGGUUCUCCAACACAAAAAAGUUCAAACGCGCUCUACAAAUCGUGAUGAUAAGGGCUCAUCGUCCGCUCACUAUGAGUGCCGGUAGGGUCAUGUCAUUGUCUUUAGAUACUUUCGUGCAGAUAAUGCGGAUGUCCUAUUCGAUUUUUACGGUACUUCAAGGAUCGACUACUUAACAACAAAUUUAUUAAUAUCAAAUUUUAUAACUAUGGUAUAUUUUUUAAAACUAC